AUGCUUGCUCCGUGCGAUGGCGCGAUGCGGAUUGAAGAGCUGAUCAUUGAUGGGUUCAAAAGCGGCUUUGAUCCCAGCUUCAAUGCAAUCACGGGCUUGAACGGCAGUGGCAAGAGCAACAUUCUCGAUGCGAUUUGCUUUGUGUUGGGGCUAACGAACCUAAGCUCGGUGCGCGCGUCAAACAUACAGGAUUUGAUUUACAAGCGCGGACAGGCAGGCGUCACAAAAGCGUCCGUGACUAUUGUAUUCGAUAAUAGCGAUCGAGAACGCUCGCCCGUCUCUUUUGAAAACUAUGCGAGCAUCACCGUUACGCGGCAGAUUGCCAUGGGUGGCGUCUCAAAAUACCUCAUCAAUGGCCACAAAGCAACACAACAAGCCGUGCAGAACAUGUUUCAAAGCGUGCAACUAAACAUCAACAACCCCAACUUUUUAAUCAUGCAGGGCAAGAUUACCAAAGUGCUCAAUAUGAAACCGGCAGAAAUUUUAUCCAUGAUCGAAGAGGCUGCAGGAACGCGCAUGUUUGAGGAACGCAAAGAGCGCGCAUUUCGGACUAUGACCAAGAAGGAUCAAAAGGUGCGCGAAAUCUCCGCGCUUCUGGGCGAGGAAAUCACACCGAAACUUGACCGCUUGCGCGAAGAGAAGCGCGCGUUUUUAGAAUACCAAAAAGCUUCGACAGAACUGGAGCGGCUCACGCGCCUGGAUCGUGCUUACGAAUGGCAGCGCCUACAGAACAAAUUCACAGAGAGCCGUACACACGGCGCCGAAAAGCUGCGGCAGCAGCUGCAGGAAAGCCAGGAACGCCGCGAUAUUUACCAACGGCAGCUUGCGGCUAUUGAUCGUGAACUCGUCCAAGUACGGCAACGACGCGACGACGAGCUAAGCAAGGAAGGCACUGAAGAAGGCUUGUUGAACCGCGCAAAGCACAUGGCACACCAGCUUGUCGAGGCCGUCACGCACUCCGAAUUUUGCCAUACGGCACAUGCCGAAGAGCAAGAGCGCGUCGAAAAAUACACGGCAGCAUUGGCCGCAGCAGAAGAAGCCCUUGCGCUGGACCAGCAGCAUUUUGAAAAGCUGCACACAGACUUUGACAAGAGCAAGCGCGAGCACGAUGCAGCAGCAGCGUGUGCCGCCGACACCGACGCAUUGCUUCAAUCGCUACUCACAGGUGUUUCGCACGACCAGAGUGGUUCACAUGGCGGCUUCCAAGGCCAGCUGGCCAAAGAACGAGAGCGGGAAGCAGCUGCCAAGUCCGAAGCGCAGCAAGCCAAGGUCCGAAGUCAGCACGUAGACCGAGAGCUGUGCACAAAAGAGCCUUUGGCGCAAAAAGAAGGCGGCAAGAGCGCUGGUCUUGUGCGCGAUCUCGAGGCAGCCCAGCAAGAGGCGCGCGAAGCCCACCAAAUGUGGAAAGCGCUCAGAUGGGAUGCAGCACGCUACGAUGCGCUUCACGCGCGCCGCGUGGAGCUUGAAACUAAAGCAGAGACGCUGCGCGCUGAGCGUGAUAUGGUCCAGAAUCGUCUUCCGUCCGCGCUGCAGUUCCACUAUGCCGACCCCCACAGCAACUUUGAUCGCUCGCAAGUCCGCGGCUUGGUUGCGAGUCUCAUCACGCUUGACAAGGAUGUGUACAAGUAUGCGCCGGCACUGGAGGCAGUCGCUGGUUCGCGCCUCUACAAUGUCGUGGUUGAGAACGAAAAAGUAGGGUCUGAGCUGCUUACCAAAGGGCAGCUUCGGAAGCGCGUCACGCUCAUUCCUCUCAGCCAAAUCCAGCCGUCGACCGCAGAUGAGCGUCGCGUCGCAGCUGCCAAGCGUGCUGCGCCGAAUAAAGUCGAGCUUGCUUUGUCGCUAGUCGGCUGCGAAGACCAAGUGCGCGCUGCGCUGAAAUACGUAUUUGGACAGACACUUGUGUGCAGCGAUGCCGAUACUGCGCGACGUGUUACUUUUGACCCCAACGUGCGCCUUAAGAGCGUGACUAUGGAUGGCGAUACCUACGACCCCGCAGGCAGGCUCUCCGGCGGCUCGAAGCCAAGUGGCGGACAGAGUGUGCUGCUCCGCAUGCAGGAUUUAGCUCGGCUGGAAAGUGCAUUGCGCGAGGUCCAAGUGGCGCUCGCAGGCACCGCCGAUGAAUGGGCACGUCUGGAGCAGGCACGCCAGCAAAGUAGCCGCGCGGAAGAGGCGUACACACUCAAAAAACAUCAAGCCGCGCUGCUGCAGUCGCAACUCGACGGCGGCCGCGCAGCUUCUUUACAAGCCGAAGUCGAAGCGUGCCGCGCCACAUUAGCAGAGCUUGCGGCGACGAUCGACGCUGCCACGGCGCGCGAGUGUCGCGCUGCAGAGAAUGCUGCGCGACUGGAGCGCGAGAUCAGCGAGCUGCACACGGACAAAGACGCCAAGGUGGACAAGGUGCGCUGCGAGUACAAAAAACAAAAAGACACACUGGCCAAGCACGCGUUGGCACUCAAGCCGCAGCAGACUGCGCUGCGCAGCGCUGAACUUGCGCUUGGCCAGCGCCAAAUGGAUCGUGAUGCUGCUGCGGAGAGCUUGCAAGAAGCGCGCGCCGCACUGACGCAAACUGCGCGCGAAGUAGAGGGGAGUGCAGCCCAUGCCACCGAGCUUCAAGUUGCGGUCGACGAGAGCGAAGCGCUGCUUGCCAAGGCGCGCGCUGCGAUCCACGCGUUUGACGACGAGCUUGACGAGCUUGAGUCGGCGGGCAGGGCCAAACGCCAGCUCGUGUCGGACCUUGGCAUUGCCAUACAAAAAGCCGAGCACGAGCUGGGGCGCGCGGAGCAAGUUUGUGCGACGCUGGGCAAAGAGCUCGGUGCGCUCGAAGCGGAGCACACGUGGAUCGACGCUGAAAAGACGCUCUUUGACCAGCCCGGCACUGUGUACGAAUUUGCCAAGCAUGAUAUGCGCGAUAUUCGCCGCCAGUGUGCACAGCUUGCGGAGCAGCAUUCCGGUCUGCGCCGUCGCGUCAAUCCCAAGGUGAUGAACAUGAUUGACAAUGUCGAGAAGAAGGAAGCUAGUCUGCAGCACAUGCUGCACACUGUACUGGGUGACAAGCGCAAAAUUGAGCACACCAUCUCCGAGCUCGAUCGGUACAAGUGCGAUGCGCUGCAGACUACCUUUGAGCAGGUCGAUCGCGAUUUCGGCGACAUUUUCGGCGAGCUUUUGCCGGGCAAUCACGCGCGGCUGCAGCCUGCAGACGGCGCGGACCUCGCCCAGGGUUUGGAGGUGCGUGUGCGUCUCGGUCCUACCUGGAAGCAGAGCCUCACGGAACUCAGCGGUGGCCAGCGGUCUUUAAUUGCGCUCAGUUUGAUCAUGUCUUUGCUGCAGUUUAAGCCUGCGCCAAUGUAUAUUCUCGAUGAGAUCGAUGCCGCACUCGACCUAUCGCACACGCAACAUAUUGGCCAGCUCUUCCGCACGCGGUUCAAAGGAUCGCAGUUUAUUGUGGUCUCGCUAAAGGAGGGGCUAUUCAACAAUGCAAAUGUGCUUUUCCGCGCACGCUUCCGCGAUGGAACUAGUUUGGUCGAGCGAAUCGCACAGCAAGGCACGGCGCGCUCCAGCGCCGACAAGGAGAAUGCGCACGCAAAUGGCGCAUCCCGAGGCGCUCCAGAGGGUGUUUUUGUAUUUAUUACCACUGCCGGUGUUGUCAAACCUAGCGUGCCCCUGGAAGCGUGGAAUCUUUGCACCAACGAUGUUCUUCUCACCGAUCUUCUGCGAUGCGGCUCCGCUGGCGCCAGCUACAUCAUCAUCAACUGGGAACGGAGCGACCGAGAUCAACGUAAAUCAAAGCUAAUCGAACAGAUGUACACUGUAGGCACACCUAGCGAAGCGCUUGCGAAACGCAUCGCCGAGCUCAAGGACCUGUCCGCAAAGGCAAGUCAUGUGGUGCUAUACAAAACGGAGCAAGUGGCAGAAGGUGUCAGCCGCCACGUUGUACUGCUCAAGGACGCAGGCGUGCGCCAAAGCGCCAUCGCGCCCGCACCGGCACAAGUGCCUGCUCCGAAAAGCACGAACAUCCAUGCUGCGCUGAACAAUCUGGCAGAGUCUGCAUACAACUUCGCGCUUGGCGGUAUUGCCGGAAGUGUUGGCGCAACACUCGUUUACCCAAUUGACUUGGUCAAGACGCGCAUGCAGAAUCAGCGCACGAAUGUGGUGGGAGAACCGCCCUUGUACAAAAACAGUCUGGAUUGCGCCAAGAAAGUGUUCCAGAAUGAAGGGUUCCUUGGAUUCUACUCUGGUCUCAUACCUCAACUUUUGGGUGUCGCGCCGGAAAAGGCCAUCAAGCUCACGAUGAACGAUCUCGUGCGCAAUCUGACCAAGGACGAUGCGGGCCACGUCUCAUUCCCUUGCGAGAUUCUUGCCGGUGCCACCGCCGGUGGUAGUCAGGUUGUGUUUACCAAUCCACUCGAGAUUGUCAAGAUCCGUCUGCAGGUCGCUGGUGAGAAUUCUGCUCGCGAAAACGGGCGGAAAACGGGUGCGUUGCAGAUUAUCCGUGGCUUGGGCUUGGUCGGCCUUUACCGCGGCGCAUCUGCGUGUCUCUUGCGCGAUAUUCCGUUCAGCGGAAUUUAUUUCCCUCUUUACGCACACUUGAAAGAAAACUUUAGCGGAAGCCAGUCCGACUCGAAGCUCACCUUCGGCCAGCUUACGCUCGCUGCAUCGCUGGCCGGCGUGCCCGCCGCGUUCCUUACCACGCCCGCCGACGUGAUAAAGACGCGCCUUCAAGUGGAAGCUCGCAAAGGCCAAUUGACGUACAAAGGCAUUGCCGACUGCUUUUGGCAGAUUUUAAAGACGGAGUCUCCGAGGGCAUUCUUCAAGGGCUCUCUUGCCCGUGUUUUGCGCUCAUCGCCGCAGUUUGGUGCAACGCUGGUAUCGUACGAGUACCUCAAGAAAAUGUUCCCCUCGCCGGUGAGCGAAGGAAGGUCUAGAGCAGACGCCGAUGUUGUCCGCGACGAGGAUUUCGUCACGGCAAUGGAUGCAUUGGCCAUCAUUCGCAGCAUGCAUGCCGUAGCAAGGACGUAG